AUGAAGAGGAUGAAGAGACGGAGAGACUCUCAGUCGUCCGGAGAGCCAGCCAGCAGCUCUAGCUCCAGCGAUCUACCUGACAGUUUGCGGUCCAGGGAUAUUGAACCUGCAGCUCCCAGCAUCCUGUCUCUGAAGAGUGAUAACUCCAUGUACCGACCACUCAACUUUAGUGGGGAAGAGACGGAACGUUUGCAGUCCAGGGAUAUUGAACCUGCAGCUCCCAGCAUCCUGUCUCUGAAGAGCGAUAAGUCCAUGUACCAACCAGUCAACUUUAGGCGGGAAGAGACGGAAAGUUUGCAGUCCAGGGAUAUUGAACCUGCAACUCCCAGCAUCCUGUCUCUGAAGAGCGAUUCAUCCAAGUACCAACCACUCAACUUUAGUGGGGAAGAGACGGAAAGCGACCCGGCUCUCUGUUCGGGGUGUAAAGAGUCUUUGACGGAUCCAGUCCAGCUCAGUUGUGGACACUCGUCGUGCAAAGAGUGUUUACCGUUGGACGCUGCCUGUCCAAAGUGUGGAAAGAAACCCAAAAAUAUUCCUUACGAUGACCGUCUUGGAGAAGCAAAGAAGAAACUUAAAAAAGCCACGCAAAAGAAAUACACCUGGACACAGGAAGGCAACGGUGAUCCGCAGACUUCCCUGGAGAGCAUCUACACCUCUGUCCACAUCACGGCCGGGGAGAGCGAGGAACUGUCGGGGGAACACGAGUCCAGACACCUUCAGCACAAGCUGACCACGCAGGCGUGUGAUGAGACGAUCAACAUCGGAGACAUGUUCACGUCCGGCCGGGAGGAAAACCGCCGGACCAUCCUGACCAAGGGCAUCGCAGGCAUCGGGAAAUCCUUCUCCGUGCAGAAGUUCCUCCUGGACUGGGCCCAGGACAAACAGAACCAGGACGCUGAUCUGGUUUUCUGUCUGACUUUCCGGGAGCUGAGUUUGAUUGGAGGAGAGAAAAGCCUCCACCAGCUCCUGGAUGAGCUGCAUCCCUCCGUCCACCAGCUGAAGGAGGAGGAGGAUUACAGCCACGCCAAGGUGAUGGUGAUCCUGGACGGGCUGGACGAGAGCAGACUUAAGCUGGACUUCAAGAACACAAAUGUUGUAACGUCUGCCAGCGCUGUGACGUCCGUGUCUGACCUGCUGGUGAACCUGAUCCAGGGAAACCUCCUCCCGGAAUCAAACCUCUGGAUAACCUCCCGUCCGGCGGCCGCGCUGCAGAUCCCCGCCGAGCUCGUCCACAUGGUGACGGAGAUACGAGGCUUCAACGACCCGCAGAAGGAGGAAUACUUCAGGAAGAGGUUCGGCCAUGACCCGGGUCUGGCCCAGCGGGUCACGACACACGUCCGGUCCUCCCCCACCCUGGACAUCAUGUGCCAGAUCCCCAUCUUCUGCUGGAUCUCCGCCACCUUGUUCAGAGAGGUGUUCGGAGGAGAGGAGGAAACGGAGAUCCCUCAAACGCUCACAGAGAUGAUGGCGUACUUCCUGUUCGCCCAGACCAAACGCAGGAGCAGGAAGUACGACAGGAAGACGGAGAAGAACAAAGAGAAGCUUCUGAAGACGCACAGAGAAUUUCUCCUGAAACUCGGGAAACUUGCAUUCGUCCAGCUCCAGGAGAACAAGCUGAUCUUCUACCAGGAAGACCUGGAGGAGUGCGGCGUGGACGUGAACGAAGCCUCCAUCUACUCCGGAUUCUGCAACACGAUUCUGAGGGCGGAACAAGUCCUCUCCCAGAAAAAGGUCUUCUUCUUCGUGCACCUCACUGUGCAGGAGUUCUUCGCAGCCCUCUACGUUUACGAAUGUUUCACCACCAAAGACACCAAAGAGCUCCGCGGUUUCCUCAACCUGCAGGAGGAACAACACGCUCUGCUGGAUCUGCUCAAGAUGACCGUGGACAAAGUGAUGGAGAAGAAAAACGGCCACUUGGACUUCUUCCUGCGCUUCCUCCUGGGCCUGAUGGUGGAGCCCAACCGGAGAGUCCUGCAGGGCCUGCUGACGCCGCAGGACCCGGCCGAGGACGCCGGCAGGAAGAUCUCCACCUACCUGGGCUCCAUUCGAGGGAAGAGCCGGUCUCCGGACAGCUGCAUCAACCUGUUCCAGAGCCUGGUGGAGAUGAGGGACCACAGAGUCAAGGAUGAGAUCCAGGAGUAUCUGAGAGAGGGGGGUCUGGAGAGGAAGCUGACUCCCCUGCACUGCUCGGCGCUGGCCUACAUGCUGCUGAUCUCCAAGCACAAGCUGCCAGAGCUGGAUCUGAAGAGUUACAAGGCCUCGGAGGAGGGCAGGAAGAGGCUGAUCCCCGCCGUGAGGAUCAGCAGGAAAGCCUUGCUGAGAGACUGCAGAGUGACGGCAGAGUGGGUCAAACAUCUGGCCUUCGGUCUCAAGUUCCCCUUCUCCCCUCUCCGACAUCUGGACCUGAGUGACAAUGACCUGGGAGACUCGGGGGUGAAGGAGCUGUGUGGCGGCCUGAUGAACCAGAGCUGCAGGCUGGAGACGCUGAGCCUGUCUGGGUGUCUGGUCACAGCAGAAGGCUGCCGGGACCUGGUCCUGGCUCUGACCUCCAACCCCUCCCACCUGAGGGAGCUGGACCUGAGCUACAACCAUCCAGGAGACUCUGGGGUGAAGAUUCUUUCCGAGCUGGUGGAGGACCAACAAUACCGGCUCAGUAAUCUCAGGACCGAACACGGUGGAAGUCAUCGGUUGAAACCAGGAUUAAAGAAAUAUUCCUGCCAGCUCUCUCUGGACCCCAGCACAGCUCACGGGGGGCUGGUCCUGUCGGAGGGCAACACCCGGGUGUCGUGGGGGGGGGACCAGGACCCCCAGCAGCCGGACCCCCGCCCCGCGGACCGGUUCCUGCCCCCACCACUGCUGUGUGAGCAGCCCCUCCGCGGCCGCUGCUACUUCGAGGUGGAGAAGGCCGAGCCCUUCAGCGUGGGGGUGACCUACCGGAGCCCUGGGGGGCCCGGGGCCCCCCCCGGCCGGCUGGGACACACCCAGGAAUCGUGGGGCCUGAGCUGCUCCGGGAGCGGCUGCCACGCCCACAACGGGGGGCGGGGCGUCUGCGUGUCGUCGCUGUGUCUGCGCUGCAGCCGCCUGGGGGUUUACCUGGACUGGGAGGGGGGGCACCUGUCCUUCUACCGGGUCUCCUCCGGGGACAACCCCACCCUGCUGCACACCUUCACCCACACCUUCACCCAGGACCUGUACGCCGCCCUGGAGCUGCAGCCCAACACCCAGGCCCGGCUCUGCAGCAUCAACUGA